CCCGGUGGGCGGAGCCAGGAGGCGCAGCAGCAGCAGCGCAGGCCAGCUGGCUCGGCGGCAACGGCCCAGGCUCCUCGUCGGUGAGGCAAAGCGGCGGCGGCGGCGGCGAUGGGGCAGUGCGGGAUCACCUCCUCCAAGACCGUCCUCGUCUUCCUCAACCUCAUUUUCUGGGCAGCAGCUGGCAUCUUGUGCUAUGUGGGUGCCUACGUCUUCAUCACAUACGAUGACUACGACCACUUCUUUGAAGAUGUUUAUACCCUCAUCCCUGCAGUGGUUAUCAUAGCGGUGGGGACACUCCUCUUCAUUAUUGGUCUGAUUGGCUGCUGUGCCACAAUCCGGGAAAGCCGCUGCGGACUGGCCACAUUUGUGUUCAUUCUCCUGCUGGUCUUUAUCACUGAAGUGGUGGUGGUGGUUUUGGGUUAUAUCUACAGAGCAAAGGUGGAAGCUGAAGUCAAUCACAGUAUUAAGAAGGUGUACAACACAUACAAUGGGACAAAUCCUGAUGCCGCCAGCCGUGCUAUUGAUUAUGUGCAGAGACAGCUGCGCUGUUGUGGGAUCCACAACUACAGUGACUGGGAGACGACAAACUGGUUCAAGGAGACGAAAAACAACAGCGUGCCCCUCAGCUGCUGUAAAGCCACCCUCAGCAAUUGUACAGGAAGCUUGACUCAUCCCACAGACCUUUAUGCUGAGGGAUGUGAGGCUUUGGUUGUGAAGAAACUGCAAGAGAUCAUGAUGUAUGUAAUCUGGGCGGCCCUGGCAUUUGCUGCUAUUCAGCUCCUAGGCAUGCUCUGUGCCUGCAUUGUGCUAUGCAGGAGGAGCCGGGAUCCUGCUUACGAGCUGCUCAUCACCGGAGGAACCUACGCAUAGAAGAAGAAGAAGAAGCCGCAACCCUAAUCUUGAACUCCGUUUUCUCCUCGGAAGGUGACUUAGCUGGGACAACGACUGCAGUUCUCUGGUUGACGUCAGCUUGACACAAGCACACCUUUCAUAAACUGGGACAAUGAUGCGCAUACACUGGUGAUGGGCAAAGGCUUGGCUUUCCAUAAUCCUUCCCCCUCCCAUAUUACUGUGGCCCCCAACUAUUGUAGCCAGCUUUCCACAUAUCUGUACAUGUUAGUAGCCAACCAAGUAAAUGCUAAUUCUGGAACCAUUUGCACAAGAAGACAGGUUGAUGUGAAAGCUCAAGGUCUGCCCGGACAUGGUAAAUUACAGCUGCACACUGUACUGAAUUGAUUCUUGCAGAGAUACAGAACCUUCACAUCUUCAAUGUGUGAAAUAAUCGGUCAAAGUUGUAAGAGGGAUAUUGGCUAUAUUUUGCAACAGCUUUCUUUUUUGCUUUCUGCCUCUCACCACUGUUUGUCUAAAAAAAAAAAAAAAGCAUUAAGUCCAGAACACUGCAAAAUGACUACUAACCAAAAUUUUAGAAUCACAUGAGUGCAUCUCUUGGCCGUUUUUAAAUUCAGAUGAACAAAUCUUCCAAACUUUUAGUGUUUUAAAGUAUAAGCUGGCUUUUCAGGAGUAUAAUGUAUGCACUACUGUUCUAUAAUGAAUAUUUUCAUUUUUUUCUAUGAAGAGCUGUUUAUAUGUUGAGUGAACCAUUAUCAUAGAGUAGUGAAAUAGUCUGUGAAAGUGAAAUGUAAAUAGGAAACCUGAUUAAAUAAAUCUUCUGUACAUCUCCCUCCAAACUUAAA